AUGGCGGAGAAGUUCCCUGAAGCCAAGGGCAUUUUGGUAAAUUCCUUCACAUGUCUUGAGAGCAGAACGCAUUUGGUUACCUCGCUCAUCGUCCUGAGAACUACAGUAUCCUUCGGUUUACCCUGUCGGACCUCAGGUUUCUUUGGAGGAUCGUCCGUCACCGGAUCUGGAGUCUGCACCCGUCGGAUCAUGAGAUGGCUGUACAUCUGCUUCGGGAUCCUCGAAGCACCGCAGAUUAAGGAGAUAGCUAAAGCCCUAGAUUUCUCCGGCCUCAGGUUUCUUUGGAAGCGGCGAGGUGGAUGGAUCUUCGUUUGUUGCGGUGAUCGAUUCCUCGACGAGCGGAUCGGCGGGGAGUUUUAG